GUGGAGGAAGGAACCUUUAAUGCACUUUGUUGCCCCGGUGUGACUUUCCUGGUCUCUAUGGCCACAAUGGGAGCUUGGACUAUUAGCAUGCUACUGAUUCUGGCAGUAGUACUUACGGAUUCUGCCACGUCAAGGGGUAAGAUCCGACAGAAGCGAAACUGGAUCAUAGACUCCUUUGACAUGGAGGAGGAGUACCCAGGUCCUUAUCCCUACAAACUGGGGAUGAUACAGUUAGAUGUUAAAUACUUAGUUAACUUACACAUCCAUGGACAAGGUGUUGACCUAGAUCCAAAGGAUGUGCUUGAGAUAGACCAGAGGGAUGGCACCCUGUGGAGUAAACGGAAAGUGAACUUUGAGGAAUACAAACUUCUCAAGCUUAAUUUUGAAGCCAAAAACGUGUCAAAUGGUGAAGUUGACACACGGCUUGGCAUUGAGAUACAAAUCAAAGAUGUGAACGAUAAUACUCCACAACUAGAAGGGGAAUAUAAAAUCAGCCUGGAUGAGUCAACGAAGCAAGGUAAAGACGUUAUCACAGUGCGGGCAGAUGACCUGGAUGAUUCAACAACUUCAAAUGGAACCUUUGACUUAAGAAUUGUGUCUGUUACCCCACAAGAUCCUGACAUUGAUUUUGUCAUAGCGCAAGAAGAUACCAUAGGAAAAAUAACUUUCAAGGGAUGCCUAAAUUAUGAGAAAUACCAGAAGUAUACUAUCUUGGUUGAAGCAAAGGACAGGGGAGAAGUAGUUCAACUUUCCAGCACUGGCACUGUAACAGUCAAUGUAAACGACCAAAACAACCAACCCCCUAUCUUCACCGGUCAAACUGGCUCUGGCAUAGUCAAAGAAGGAGAGAGUGGGAUGACCAUUCUACGAAUUCAAGUCUCCGAUGAAGACACUGAAGGCACGCCUGCCUGGAAGGCCAAGUACAUGCUCCAUGGAGACCCAGGUGGAUAUUUCAAGAUCACGACUGAUCCAGAAACGAAUGAAGGAGUUUUGACAGUUGUUAAGCCCUUAGACUAUGAAGAUGGUCAGCUGAGAAAACUGUCGGUCACCGUGGAGAAUGAAGAGCCUUACUUUACCUGCCAAGUCAAUGGUCGCCCUCAGCAGGGACUGUGGGAUGUGGCAUGGGUAGGAGGGGACUCUGAUAACCUCCCUCCUGUAAUCUCUCGGCCAAUCACCAUUACCGUUGAGGACACCAACGACCCUCCUUUCUUCCUUCCUGAUGUCAAAAACAUAAGGUUGAUGGAGAACUCUCCUGUUGGAACGCCCCUGGAGAAAUUUACUGCAGAUGAUCACGAUGGGGUCUAUGCCAGUAGUUUUGAAUAUCAAGUUGGGAAAGAUCCAGCUGGUUGGGUUAAGGUGGAUUCUAAGACAGGCCAAGUCAGCACGACAAAAGUCCUGGACAGAGAGUCACCCUAUGUGAAUGACAGUCUCUAUACUGCAAUCAUAUGGGCAGUGGACCAUGGGGAACCCCCUAUGACUGGUACUGGAACGCUUAAUAUUCACCUGAUUGAUGAGAAUGACAAUGUGCCCGUCUUGAACGAGAAUGCGCUGGCCAUGUGUUUGUCCGAUGAGCCCAUCUCUGCUAGCAUCACUGCUCAGGAUCUGGACCUACGCCCUUACAGUGACCCCUUCCAUUUUGAAUUGCUCGGAGAUGUCCACGGGAGGUGGAAACUUGACCCUAAAUAUGGAACAAAAGUAAACCUGGUGAAGGACACGGCAGUUUACGCAGGUCACCACGAACUGACUUUGAAGAUCUCCGACUCUCAAGGCCAACAUUCCCUCCAAAAUCUGUCUGUCACAGUGUGUGACUGCACAGAGUCACAGGAUUGCAUAUCGCGGAGCAGAUCCACUGAAAUGGGUGGGAGUGCCAUUGGCAUUGUUAUCCUCGGUCUGUUGCUCCUACUAGCUUUGCUGUUGCUGGCAAGUCUAAUCUCCUGUAAGUCAGAAAAAGUCUUCAUCCAACCAGAGGAAAGUCCAGGAUGGCAUCUACUACCCUCCAAUAUUGAGACACCUGGAACUGAUUGCAAGGUUCCUUACCCAGUCGACCAGGUUGAUAUCGGCAAAGCUGUGAAUGUCAAAUUGAUCAACUCCACAAACCCUGUCAUCGUAAUGCAGGAGUCUGACAUGAAGAGUAAUGUCCCAGGGUUUUCACAGUAUGCGAAUGGAGUAUCUCUCAAUCAGCAGUCAACCCAAGAGAUAGCUUCAAGUAAGAAAUCAUUCUGGGAUAUGGGAUUUGGAUAUGAGGAAGCUUCAACCAGGAAAUCAUUCCGGGAAUUUGGAUAUGCUGAAGGAUCCAUGAUGAACAGAAAGUUUUCCCAUCAAGAGUCGUCAUCCAUAAGACGGGAUGUUUUAAAUUCUCAACUCAUCCAGAGACUCGACAUGUUGGAGACGUUUGAAAAUGAACUGGGGGACUAUGAUCCCCAUGUCUACGCAUAUGAAGGGGAGCCAGCAUCAGACGCCCAGCUGGAUGCCAUCUCCAUCCCCGGCAGUGAGGUUGACAGCAACCUACUCCAGAAUCUGCACCCAAAAUUCAGAACUUUGGCCAACAUAUGUAGACCAGAUCUAAUGGAGGGAAUUUACAGUAAUGGUACAGUGUAAAAUGUGUGAAUGUUCUCUUGAUAUACUAUGGGUUUGGCUGAUUAGCUGCUGCUUAUGAACAUUCAAAACUGAUACAGAAUGUGAUGAUGGAAUGUGACGACAAACUGUGUCUGGCCAGUACAGGGUAUUCUCUUGUGCUUUAUGGAAUAGCAUUAUAUAGUCGCUUUGGCUAAAAAGCGUCAGCCAAAUGUAAUGUAAUGUAAUAUGUGACAACAGGUAAUCGAGGAAACAUUCCAAGCCUUGAGGCAAGCACACACUGACAAACUUCAAUUCAAUGCCAAAUGCAGUAUCCCUAUUUAGAACUUUGAUUAAUGCUGGGAAGGCAACAUAAUGUACUAAAAACAUUAGUAACAAAAGAAUUCUGUGUUUCCAAUAUUAUUGAUAUAUGACUGAGUCUUGCCCGGUCAAUGCAAUAAUACUGUAGCGUCGGUGGAUGUACAUGUCUAACGUUGAAUGAGUGUCUCCCAGAAUGCAGUGCGAGUGAAUGCUAGAAUGUG